AUGAAGCAGAAAUCAGAGAGCACGUACGGCUGUGAUGAAGAGGCCAGCGCGCUUCUCGACGAGAUCGAUGAGGAGAGCGACACCGUUCGAGAGGUGCUCAGGAUCAAGAAGCUUCUUGAUGCUCGUCAUGAACACUCUGAGAAUCUUUUAUUUGAGUCGUUAAGACUGCUGCAGUUGAUGGAGCUCCCUGCGGAUACCAUCAAAGCCACAGGCAUCACCACUUCAGUGCAAUGCUUUUUGGAAGAUACCAGUGAGAGAAUCAGAAAAUUCGCCCAUCUUCUCGUCACAGGCUGGGAGUUUCUUCUGAAUAUGUAUUCGGCUAGAGAGGAGGAACUUCCGUUUGAUAUAGGUGAUCUAUUGGCAUCACAGACUUCGACGUUUGAUAUCGCAAAUUUCUUCAGCGGAAUGGUUGAUGAAUGGUCCCUUAGCAGAAGAGAACAAAUGAGAACUGGGAAGAACAUUGAAGUAUUGAAAAGAUCCAUUCUCAAGCCUCAGGGGACUUUCAUCACGAGUCACAGAAAAACUCAGUUGAGAACGGUGAAAAACUCCAUCACCAAGCCUCAGGAAACUGUGAAACCAGCAGGAAAUCCGGCUUCAACAGAACCAGCAAAGUCAGUUCUCCUAAAGAAGAGCACUGACGAACCGAGCCCCAACUUGAAGCCAAUACAAGUCUGUAAAAGGGCUUCACCAAAGAUUUUGCCUCGUGUCACUGGCAAACCUGAGGACCUGACGUAUAAGGAGAAGCUCGAGAUUUCAAAGAGGAAGCUGCGAGAAAACUAUGAGGAUGCUGAAAAUAUAAAAAAGAAGCGCAGGGUCGUGAUGAUAGACCUGAAGAGUCUACCAGUUCAGCGAAAUAGCCAAGAGAAGCAUAAGGGGAAUCGAGGGUGUCAUAUUAAUAAAUUUGCAACAAGGUUGCCGAAACGUAAUCAUGUUUCUUUGGCUUGGUAGACAGGACAAGGCGAUAAAUUCUGCAGAAGCAGAGGUCAGCAUAUGCACUCUUGGAAACAACAAGAGAAGUCGGUCUAAAUGCUCAGAAAAAGCUUAUGACAGUAGUUUCAUUGGAAAUGUCAUGUUUGUAAUUGUAAUUGUUUAUAUACCUGUCAAUAGUUUACUUUGACUUACUGGAAAUAAAGUUCAU